AUGGCAGAGCUGAGUAGCCGGGACAGCAGCUGCAUGGCCUGUGAGCCUGAAAUGCUGAUCGACGAGGUGCGUGUUGGUGCGGGCGUGGAGAGCCUGGAGCCCUUUGACGCCCAUGCUGGGGUCGUGAUUUGGUGCAGCCACUAUGGAAAACGGGCUGCGGCUGUGCCGGCCAUCACAUCCCGCAUCCCAUCCCGCAGCACAGUCGGCUACGACGCCAGGAUGAGUUGCUGCACGAUGGGCACGCUGUGUUGGACAGUCGUUUGCGGAUGGGCGUUGGCACUUUCCCGCUGUGACCCACCCCUGGGGGAGCCGUCAGGUGUGCGGCGCCCUGUUCAGGCCUUUGAGUCCCGGCCAGAGCAGACAGGUGAGAGCCACACAGGCCGCCGCGGCGUUUCACUCCAGGAGGGCGAGGCUGCCAGGGGUCCGGGGACCCUGCUGCCGGCCACGGUCUCUGCAAGAGCGGAGAAAACCGAAGUCCUCAGUGAAGACCUGCUACAGAUCGAGCGACGCCUGGACGCGGUGCGGGGCAUGUGCCACCAGUCUCACAAGCGCCUGAUGGCCUGCUUCCAAGGCCAGCACGGCACCGACGCCGACCGGAGACACAAAAAGCUGCCCCUGACCGCGCUCGCUCAGAACAUGCAGGAGGCGUCAGCUCAGCUGGAAGAGUCCCUCCUGGGGAAGAUGCUGGAGACGUGCGGAGAUGCUGAGAACCAGCUGGCCCUCGAGCUGUCUCAGCAUGAAGUCUUCGUGGAGAAGGAGAUUGUGGACCCCCUGUGCAGCAUAGCGGAGGUGGAGAUCCCCAACAUCCAGAAGCAGAGGAAGCAGCUCGCCAAGCUGGUGCUGGACUGGGACUCCGUCAGAACCAGGUGGAACCAGGCUCACAAAUCCUCAGGAACCAACUUUCAGGGGCUUCCGUCAAAAAUAGAUACCCUAAAGGAAGAGAUGGACGAAGCUGGAAAUAAAGUAGAACAGUGCAAGGACCAGCUGGCCGCGGACAUGUACAGCUUCAUGGCCAAGGAAGGGGAGUUCGGGAACUUCUUCGUGACGCUGUUAGAAGCCCAAGCAGAUUACCAUAGAAAAGCAUUAGCGGUCUUAGAAAAGGCCCUUCCCGAAAUGCAAGCCCACCAAGACAGGUGGGCGGAGAAGCCGGCCUUCGGCACGGCGCUGGAGGAGCACCUGAAGCGCAGCGGCCGGGAGAUCGCGCUGCCCAUCGAAGCCUGCGUGAUGCUGCUGCUGGAGACCGGCAUGAGGGAGGAGGGCCUCUUCCGAAUCGGGGCCGGGGCCUCCAAGCUGAAGAAGCUCAAAGCUGCGCUAGACUGUUCUACUUCUCACCUGGAUGAGUUCUACUCAGACCCCCAUGCCGUGGCAGGUGCUCUGAAGUCCUACUUACGGGAGCUGCCCGAACCCCUGAUGACCUUCCACCUGUACGAGGAAUGGACCCAAGUCGCGAGUGUGCAGGAUCAAGAUAAAAAACUUCAGGAUUUAUGGAGAACGUGUCAGAAGUUACCACCGCCAAACUUUGUUAACUUUCGGUACCUGAUCAAGUUUCUCGCGAAGCUCGCGCAGACCAGUGACUCCAACAAGAUGACCCCCAGCAACAUCGCCAUCGUCCUGGGCCCCAACCUGCUGUGGGCCAGAAACGAAGGGACGCUGGCCGAGAUGGCAGCCGCCACCUCCGUGCACGUGGUCGCCGUCAUCGAGCCCAUCAUCCAGCACGCCGACUGGUUCUUCCCCGGAGAGGUGGAAUUUAACGUGUCAGAAGCGUUCGUACCUCUUGCCACCCCAAAUUCCAAUCACUCGACCCACACGGGAAACGAGUCCGACUCGGGGACCCUGGAGAGGAAGCGGCCGGCCAGCAUGGCGGUGAUGGAGGGCGACUUGGCGAAGAAGGAGAGCUUUGGUGUGAAGCUUACGGACUUCCAGGCCUACCGGCGGGGUGGCGCCCUAAGUAGGAAGCACACAUCGCCUGCUUCCCAGCCGCCACUCCCGCCCGCAGACGGCGGCACCUCGGCUCCAGCCGGCCCAGAGCCCCCUCCCCAGAGCUCUAAAGCUGAGAGCAGCACAGGGGGUGGGCCUGUCCUGUCGUCUGCGGGCACGCUGGAGCAGGGCCCGAGCCUGGGCGACAGCAGCCCCCCUAAACCCAAGGACCCUGCAGCCGCACCCACAAUCGGCAGGAACGGCGGUCUGGCGGCCGGCGGCCCGAACCAGGCGCAGCCACCCGCCAGCUCCCACCAGCUGACCGCCAGCCCGGCUCACAGCUCUGCGGGGUCCAGCCCUCACACCCUUCGCCGAGCCGUGAAGAAGCCUGCCCCGGCACCCCCGAAGCCAGGACACCCGCCACCCGGCCACCCUGGGGGCCAGAGUUCGCCAGGAGCAGCACAGCAUGCCCUGUCAGAAUCACGUCACAGUAAACAGCCAGUGGGACCUGAACGGAAUCUUUUCUUUGAUGAAAUAAUGCAAAGCCGGCCCAAAGCCUGCCGUGGGCUAGCGAGCCUCUCCCAGGCCUCGAGAGCUGACGUCACUCCUUCAGACCCGAGCUCCAGGAAGACAGACGCUAGUCCUAAGGGGACGGAGCCACCCCGCAGUGUCUUUCCUGAAAUGCACCCAGACGCGGCAAGCAGAGACCUGCCUGGCCACCUUCUGCUGGACUCGGACAACGGCACGGAGAGCACCGCCCUGUGAGGAAGCCGCCGCCCAGCCGCGCCCCCAUCCACCCCGGCGUCCUCGGUCAGGACGACCUCGGUCUCUGCACACCAGAUCCCGAGCAGCCGUCAGUGGCCGGAAGGGGAGGCCCGGCCGCGGGUGACCCACGAGACGGUGGAGGCUGGCGCCUGAGGCCGAAUGACCCGUGUCGUGGAGAAGUCGGCUUUCUUUACCUGGGGAAGCCAUCACACCAAAAAAAACGCACGCCGAGGUUGGACGGGCUGCCGCCAAGGCGCGCGGUGCACGGGGAGCUGUCGCCACCGUGCACAGGCGGCACGGACAGCGGCUCGGGUGAGCGAGCGUGGCCUCCGUCUAUUUAAUGCAAGCUGCCAGCCACCGGCCACCUGGACCCGCAUCCUCAUCCGCGUCCUCACAGGUGACCGCUGGAUCUGUCACCUCAGCAAACUGGAUGGGACUCGUGCCUUGUUGGAUUGCCGGAAUGUAGAAAUGUACUGUUCUUUUUUUUUUUUUUUUUUUGAACAAUGUAAUUGCUACUUGAUACAGACCGAACAUUAUUUUAGUUUCAUGUUUAAUUCAAAUUAAAUAUAUUCUGUGGUUUAUA